GAUCGACAAGACCAUGCUGGCGAGCCUGAAGGUCAAGAAGCAGGAGCUGGCCAACAGCUCGGAUGUGACCUUCCCAGACCGGCCGCUGUCCCCUCCUCUCACUGCGCCUCCCACCAUGAAGUCUGCGGAGUUCUUUGAGAUGCUGGAGAAAAUGCAGGGGAUCAAGCUUGAAGAGCAGAAGCCGGGACCCCAGAAGAACAAGGAUGACUAUAUCCCAUAUCCCAGCAUUGAUGAGGUUGUGGAGAAGGGAGGCCCGUACCCCCUGAUUGUCCUGCCCCAGUUUGGGGGCUAUUGGAUCGAAGACCCGGAGAACGUGGGGACACCGACCUCCCUUGGCAGCAGCAUCUGUGAGGAGGAGGAAGAGGACAGUCUCAGCCCCAGCACAUUUGGCUAUAAGCUCGAGUGCAAGGGCGAAGCCAGGGCCUACCGCAGGCACUUCCUAGGGAAGGAUCACCUAAACUUUUACUGUACUGGCAGCAGCUUGGGGAACUUGCUCCUGUCCGUCAAGUAUGAGGAGGCAGAGGGCAUUGAGUACCUUCGGAUCAUUCUCAGGUCCAAAGUGAAGACUGUGCAUGAGCGGAUCCCCUUGGCUGGCCUGAGCAAGUUGCCCAGCGUCCCUCAGAUUGCAAAGGCUUUCUGUGAUGACGCAGUGGGGCUGAAAUUCAACGCUGUCCUGUACCCCAAGGCCUCCCAAAUGAUUGUGUCCUAUGAUGAGCACGAUGUCAACAACACAUUCAAAUUUGGGGUCAUUUAUCAAAAAGCCAGGCAGACCCUGGAGGAGGAGCUAUUUGGGAACAAUGAGGAGAGCCCAGCUUUCAAGGAGUUCUUGGACCUGCUGGGGGACACGAUCACACUGCAGGACUUCAAAGGUUUCCGAGGCGGCCUGGAUGUGACCCACGGACAGACGGGGGUGGAAUCGGUAUACACGAUAUUCCGGGACAGGGAGAUCAUGUUUCACGUCUCCACAAAGCUGCCGUUUACUGAGGGAGACGCCCAGCAGCUCCAGAGAAAGAGACACAUUGGGAAUGACAUUGUGGCCAUCAUCUUCCAAGAAGAAAACACACCGUUUGUCCCAGAUAUGAUUGCCUCCAACUUCUUACAUGCCUACAUUGUUGUGCAGGUCGAGAAUCCGGGCACAGAGACCCCAUCCUACAAGGUGUCAGUCACUGCACGGGAAGAUGUGCCCGCCUUUGGCCCACCUCUGCCCAGCCCUCCUGUUUUCCAGAAGGGCCCGGAGUUCAGGGAAUUUCUGCUCACCAAGCUCACCAACGCAGAGAACGCUUGCUGCAAGUCGGACAAGUUUGCAAAGCUGGAGGACCGGACGAGGGCCGCCCUUCUGGACAACCUUCAUGAUGAGCUUCACACCCACACACAGGCCAUGCUGGGACUGGGCCCAGAAGAGGACAAGUUUGAGAAUGGGGGCCAUGGGGGAUUCUUGGAGUCUUUUAAGAGAGCCAUCCGUGUGCGUAGCCACUCCAUGGAGACCAUGGUGAGCAGCCAGAAGAAGCAGCACAGUGGAGGCAUCCCUGGCAGCCUCAGUGGGGGCAUCUCCCACAACAGCAUGGAUGUCACCAAGACCACCUUCUCGCCUCCAGUGGCGGCGGCAGCAGCCGUGAAAAACCAGUCGCGGAGCCCCAUCAAGCGGCGGUCGGGACUCUUCCCCCGUCUACACACGGGCGCUGAAGGCCAAGGCGACGGGCGGACACGAUGUGACAGUGCAUCCAGCAACCCCAAGACCCCGGAUGGUGCACACUCUUCUCAAGAGAUAAAGUCUGAGGCCUCUUCCAAUCCCAGCUCUCCGGAAAUCUGCCCCAACAAGGAGAAGCCCUUCAUAAAGUUGAAGGAGAAUGGCCGAGCCAACAUCUCCCGUUCCUCCUCCAGCACCAGCAGCUUCAGCAGCACGGCGGGGGAGGGCGAGGCUAUGGAGGAGUGUGACAGCGGGAGCAGCCAGCCGUCCACAACCUCACCCUUCAAGCAGGAGGUGUUUGUGUACAGCCCGUCCCCGAGCAGCGAAAGCCCCAGCCUGGGGGCGGCCGCCACCCCCAUCAUCAUGAGCCGGAGUCCUACAGAUACCAAAAGCAGAAACUCCCCGAGGUCAAACCUGAAAUUCCGCUUUGAUAAGCUCAGCCAUGCCAGCUCUAGUGCGCUGAUGCCUCCGUUCAUCAAGUCCGUGUUUAUGCCCAACUUUUCAGGCUGCGGCUACCUUGGGGGCUCUUCCCAGCUGCUGUGCCCUCUGGCCAUGUUGGCGCUUGGUCCCCCAAUCUUCUUCUUCAGUCACGACUCUGCAGGCAGUGGUCCCGUUGGUGAGACUUGUGCCACCUGGGCCCCCCGGGAGGUGCACUUCAGACGCUGCCUGCCCCCUGCCCUCUCGGGCGGAGCCAGCCCACUCUCAGGAGCGGCCCCAUAUUCGUGCUUCUUGCCCUUCCCUGUCUGCGGUGCGAAAGGUCGUUUCCGCUCACUGGCCCUGCUGGGGGUUAAGGCGGGUGUGAAGUAA